GACCAUGUUGGGACGUAACAGGUAAACAUCCUGUGGUUGCCGACCCUGCUCUUAGUGCAUCAUCGGCCACUGUCAAGCUUCGAGAAGCCUCCGAUGGGAUUGUCCGUCUCCAUUCGUGUCUUACAACAGAACCAAAUAGAAAUUGGACCGAAUUUUUAUGCAAUGGCAGGGAUUAUGAAUGUCAAUGCAAGCCAAAGUUUUUCUUGAAUCGUUUUCUUCCCUUCAUGUGGGCCCCUUAUAACAGCCUGACAGGUACGGUUUUGUCCUUCAAGCCCUCAAUUAUCCGGAACUUGUCCAAGAAAAGGAUGGUCAACGUUGUUUUACUUGAAGAUCUCGCCUUUCGUGGCUUUGCUGGUGAGGAGGUGGCUGUCAAGCCAGGGUACGCUCGCAAUUUCUUGAUUCCAGGACGCAAGGCAGUUUAUGCAACGCAUGACAACAAAUUGCAACACAUGGUAAUGCGUUCGAAUGAAGAGCGCACGCUACUGGAAGAACGGCGAGACUUCCUUUACUUCAAGUCUCGGACCAUGCAAAGGGCAAUAACUUUCACGAGAAAUGUAGCCGUCGACGGGCAAAAGUUAGAGCACCCUUUGACAAAAGCAGACUUGGCCGCAGCUAUGCGAAAGCAGCUCAAGCGACAUGUGGACGAACAAGAUAUUUGGUUGCCCAAGGGUUCAGAAAUAAAAAUGUUGGGGGAAUUGAACGUCAAGGUGGCGGUAGAUGUACCCCUACUCAUGGUAGAAGAGAUGCAAGAAAGUGCGCAAUCAGAUGGAGGGAAAAAAAGGGAGAUGUUGACAGUCAAAGUGGCUAUACAGAAAGAUGAGAAAAAACGUGAUAGAAGAGAAAAUGGCAGUGCAGAGGUACUGGAGGAAGACAGCGAGUAAGUAAUGGCGCUUAUGAAGCAUGUAAAGGGCCCAGUAAAGAAAAAAUUGUAAACGCCUGUCGUA